CAUUACCUUUUAGCCAAUCAGUUUCUUGGAGCUGGUUCCUUGCCCUACCCCACCCCACCCCGCCCAGCGGGGCGAGACAAUGGGCCUGACAAGGGCGUAUGGGGUGACUGGGAUGCCCACAAAUGGUGUCGAUACUUAGUGCGCUGUAGCUCCCGGGACAGUGAAUAGUGAACACAAGGCGCUUAAUGCUUGUCGCGAGGAAACAGAAGGUUUAGCACAGCUUCCUGCUUGCACAGUGAUCUAUGCGAGUGUCAAGGAGACCCGCUCACGUGGCCCCAUGUUGAUAGAGGCCAUGACGGAGGUGGAGAAGAUGGACCUGCGGCUCACUGCCCGUGGCCCGGCGUCUGCCAAGUGUCGUAUCCUGUACGACAUCCCGUGUAAGGUGUGUCAGGACCAUUCCUCAGGGAAGCACUACGGCAUCUUCGCCUGUGAUGGCUGCGCUGGUUUCUUCAAGAGGUCCAUCAGAAGACAGCGGCAGUAUGUGUGCAAGAACAAGGCGGAAGGCGGCUGUGUGGUGGACAAGACUCACCGCAACCAGUGCCGUUCGUGUCGCCUCUCCAAGUGUAUGCAGGCCGGCAUGAACAAGGACGCCGUCCAGCAUGAGCGAGGACCUCGUAACUCCACGCUCCGCCGCCAGAUGGCCCUCUACUUCAAAGACCCGAGCCCAGAGGCACCCACCAGACCCCCGCCUCGUCCCCGCAGCCCCAACACUCCCCAUCCUGUCACCACCACUGAACUCCCCCACCAGCGUCCCCACCUUCCUUCUCUCCCAACUCUCGCCGUCAGUACAUCUCUAAGUUUUCCAUUUCCUCCUCCGCACCUCCCUCCCCCAGCAGCGCCUUUGCCCUCAACUCUAGACCUGAAAAUGCCCCUUCCACCUCGCCCCCACCCUAGCACCGCCGUUACCGACCUGCCGCCGCGCCCGCCCCCCGAGGUGCUGGACCGCAUGCACCUCCUCACCUCCAGGGCCACCACACUGCUGGCGCCCACUCCCAAGUACCCGCACGAGCUGGCCUUACCGAUCGUCACGUCACCUGAUAGUGUGUGUGAAACCGCCGCCCGCUUGCUCUUCAUGAACGUCCGCUGGGCUAAGCACUUGCCUGCCUACACUGCCCUGCCCUACAGAGACCAGCUGUGCCUACUGGAAGAGGGCUGGAGGGAACUGUUCGUCCUCUCGGCUGCCCAGUUUCUUCUGCCUGUGGAGGCUGGACCCCUGCUAUCUUUCUCAGGCCUUGGCAGGGAGCCCUCAGAGCGCCUCCUUCCUAUCCUGCAGGACAUCAAGCUGUUCCAGGACAUCCUCGCCAAGUUCAAGGCGAUGAGCGUCGAUCCCACGGAGUAUGCGUGUCUCAAGGCCAUCGUGCUCUUCAAGACAGUGUGGGAGGGCGGGGACGGCGAGACGCGCGGUCUGAGGGACUUGCCGGCCGUGGCAGCGCUGCAGGACCAGGCGCAGCUCACCCUAAAUAAGUACAUCACCACAGCAUACCCAACGCAGCCCUUCAGGUUCGGAAAGCUCUUGCUCCUGCUGCCGUCGCUGCGAGCUGUGGGCGCCCGCACCAUCGAGGAGCUAUUCUUCAGACGCACUAUUGGCUCCAUCCCCAUUGAGCGCAUCAUCUGCGACAUGUACAAGGCAGCAGACUUCUGAUACACGCCCACCACCGCCCUCCUCCUUCCUGGCUUACCCUGCCGUGCCACUCUACAGUGCUCCACGUACUACACUAAAAAAAUAAACGUCCCUGUGACCUUACUUUCUCAUAGCUUUCUCUAUAGCACUACUUUUGUAAAUACGUUAUUCAUUAUACGAAUUCAUGUAAAUACUUUUAGAUGUAUUUUUUUAAAUUGUUCGUUGUUGAGUAUUACACAUUGCUAUCGCUACGGUGCCUUCAAGAAGUGGGUGUGCCACAGACUCUCUCUAAAGAGACUCACGACUCACGCAGCCCAGGCCUGACCUACGGAAAGACGCGGCGCACGGCGGGCUGGUCAUGUCGUGUUGGCGGUGCGCUUGUUGUGUAAGCUCCAAUCAAGGCUUCCCACUCACACACACACACACACACACACACACACACACACACACACACACACACACACACACACACACACAUCUGCAACCUGUGCCCGAGGGUGCACACAUUACGGCCGCUGGCUACAGAGUCCGUCAGUAAACAAAUAAGAAACUUAUGUAAAUAUUGUUGAUAAAUAUUUGUGUUUGAGUUUGGUUAAGAGUAUGGAUGGCAAAUAUAUAUUUACUGUAAUAUGAUUGCUAUAAUUGGAAUGAAUUCAGUAGAAAUAAUAAAAUUAUUUAUACUUA